AUGCGUCCGAGGAUGUUGCUGUUGCUGCUGCUGUUGCUGCUGCUGCAGCAGCUGCAGCAGCAGCAGCAGCCUGUGGAUGCAAUAGUAUGCGAGAUAGAUGCACGGGAGGGUUUAGAAGCAGCAAUAGCAUCAGCAGCAGCAACAGCAGCAGAAAGGCAGCAGAUGAUGCGCAUGCUGCCGCUCUUGGUGACGAUCGACCUGCAGCUGCUGCCUGGCGACUACAAAAACUCAAUGCCUUCAACGGCCCCCAGAUUCGCGAGGGCCCCUCGUUUGCUGCCUGCUGCUGCUGCUGCUGCUGCUGCUGCUGCAGAUGCUGCAGCAGAUGCGGCAGCAGCAGCUGCUGCAGCAGAUGCUGCAGAUGCAGCAGCAGCAGCAACAGCAGCAGCAGACGGCAGCUAUGCGGCGUACAAGGAGCAGCAGCAGAAGCAGCGACAGCCGCCCUUCCGUUACACAGCAGAGCUGCACAGCAGCAGCAGCAGCAACAGCAGCAGCAGCAGCAACAGCAGCAGCAGCAGCAGCAGCAGCAGCAGCGGAGAGCAAGGCUUCGCAGGCCCGUCAGGCUCCAUGCUGCUGCGGGUGGAUGCAGCAGCAGAACCUUUUGCUGCUCUUGCUUCUACCUUCCCGCUGCUGGUGCAUGCAGGUCGCCGUCUCUCUUACUUCUUCUCCUCUCAGCAGCAGCAGCAGCAGCAUGCUGCUGCAGCAGAUGCUGCAGAUGCAGCAGCAGCAGCAACAGCAGCAGCAGAUGGCAGCUAUGCGGCGUACAAGGAGCAGCAGCAGAAGCAGCGACAGCCGCCCUUUCGUUACACAGCAGAGCUGCACAGCAGCAGCAGCAGCAACAGCAGCAGCAGCAGCAACAGCAGCAGCAGCAGCAGCAGCAGCAGCAGCCGCGGAGAGCAAGGCUUCGCAGGCCCUUCGAGCUCCAUGCUGCUGCGGGUUGAUGCAGCAGCAGAACCUUUUGCUGCUCUUGCUUCUACCUUUCCGCUGCUGGUGCAUGCAGCAGCAACUGCAGCAGAUGCAGCAGCAGGAGACGAAGAAGCAGCAGCAGCAGCAGCAGAUGUGCAUCCUUCACCACCUCCACCCCCAUCGGCCGCAGCAGCAGCUGCAGCAGCAGCAGCAGCAGCAGCAGAAGAUUCUGCUGCUGAGAGUGCGGGGGCCCCCGCAUCCAGACUAGCCAGAAGGAGAGACUGCAGCCAGCAGCUGCAGCGGGGGCCCCUGGGGUGCCCUGAUUGGAAAGAAGAAGCAGCAAACCCUCCAGCAACUGCAGCAGAUGCAGCAGCAGGAGACGAAGAAGCAGCAGCAGCAGCAGCAGCAGCAGCGAGGCAGCUAUCACCAGAAGAAGGAGAAGAGGUUGGGGGGCUCGUAAACACCGUCAACAACACUUACCUUCUGCUGCUAGACCACGCUCAACUUUACUUCCUAGACACUCACGAGAGCUGGUUGCCUUCAUUUACAGCAGAAGAUGGCCUCGUCCUCAACAGCUACGUUCCUUCAUUGCUGGUGAUAACCCCGAGGGUUUAG